AUGGCGAAAGGGUCAGAAUUUGAAUCGGUUCAAAAGUACCUGGAGGAGGUCAAGUAUGAACGACUUUGUGUUUCAUGCUGGGCACAAGUGCUGAUAGACCGCCUGCUCCUGGACGAGUUAUCCAGUGCCCGGUUGCUCAUGGUGUCCAAAGAUUGCCGAUGUGAGCAGUUGAGCAUUGCCGCGAAGGAAGAGGAUAGGAAGAGACAGCUAGGCCUUCGCUAA